AUGGAGGGCAUGCUGUGCCUACUCGAGAAGUACGACAGGAGCUCUGAUGGUACUAUUGGAGAGCAGGAGCUGACAACGCUUGUCAAAGCCCUUGACACGGGUUCCUUCUGGGACGAGGCCAAGCUGACGUCCUUGAUGAAAGGCUUUGGCUUGGAUGCCGGGAGGCUGAAGCUGACGUCCUUCGCUCAGAUGCUGUUCGAAGGACCGCAGUCUGCUUUGUACCAGGUGGUGCGGGAGGAUCUGAGAAAAGCCAUGACUUCUCCUGAGUGGGAUGACGGUAGUUAUGCGCCGAUCCUCAUCCGACUGGCCUGGCACUCCUCAGGUACAUACAACAAAGCGGACGGCACUGGCGGUUCGAAUGGUGCCACAAUGCGCCACGCACUCGAGGCAAGCGAUCCGGAGAACGCCUACUUGGAGCAUGCCCGCGGACUCUUAGAGCCAGUGAAGGUAAAACAUCCCUGGAUCUCCUAUGCAGAUCUUUGGAUCCUGGCUGCCUACGUUGCCUUGGAGAUCACCCGGGGCCCAAGGAUCGCCUUUACUGGCGGACGGGUUGACGCCCCCGAAGAAAAGGCAGUUGCUCCAGGUCGGCUUCCUGGGGCCGAGUAUGGCCUCGCAGAGGGCAUGGAGGUCGAUGAGGAGGGCCGAUUAAAGGGCUGGGAGAAUCUCGCUCAGCACAUCCGUGACGUGUUUGGACGAAUGGGCUUGACUGACAGAGAGGCUGUGGCUCUGAUCUGCGGUGGUCACGUCUAUGGACGCUGCCACCCUGAGCAGACUGCUUCUGGUUAUGCUGGAGCCUGGGUGGAGAUGCCCACGCUCUUCAGCAACGAGUAUGCCGCCGACAUGGUUGGAGAUAGAUGGAUGGCGGUGACGCAUGACACGGUGAUGCCCGACGGCGGUCGGGUGCCAGAAGAGGUGCGACCUGCUCCCGGCAAGAGGCAAUACAUUGACCUGACCAAGUACGAGGGAGAGGAGGAAGAGGAGGCGGCACAAGAAGCCCCGGACGCCAAAGAGUAUCCGCCAGGCCGAUACAAGUGUACAUCCCAGUGGGUCAACAUCCAUGAGCAGCCGGACGUGUCCUCGCCCGUCCAUGGUCGUUGCCUUGAGGGGGAGGAGCUUUCCUUCUUGGCAGUCAAAGUCUUUGGCACGGAGCUACGUGGGCUUGCAGAGCGUGGUGGCUGGAUCUCACUUACCAGCGGAGCAGGCAAGCCUAUUUUCGAGAGGGUCGCCAAUCUGGAGCCCGAGCAUUUGCAAGGGCGUUACCGCGUCAGGAUCGCCAAUGCGCCUUUGCUCGAAGCUCCAUCUGCUUCUGCUUUAGAAGUUGGACGGAAACAGGCGGGCGAGGAGGUCACCGUUGAGGAAGUUCGCAUCGAGUCCAGCGAGGGCUCGAAUAUCUCCAUCAUGGGCAGGCUCGAGGUUGGAGGACGAUCUGGAUGGGUGACGAUCUACUCCUCUGAUGGCUUUGGGGGUCUGGUUUGCGAGCGGAUCGUUGAAGGCUACAACGAGAGGCCUCGGCGGCCGUUGAAAGGCCAGACUGGGCAUCAGAUGAUGCUUGUUUCUGACAUGGUACUGCUCUGGGAUGCUGCCUUCCGGGAGCAUCUGGAGGCUUAUGCAGAAGAUGAGGACUUGCUGAAGCGCGAGUUUGGAGAGGCUUUCAAGAAGCUCACCGAGCUCGGCUGCCCUUGGUCUAAGGACGCUCCUGGGCCGGCGACAGGCUGCGCAGCGGUUGCGCCUAGCCGCUGCCCAUUUGUACAGUGA